UUUCCCAUUGAAAAUCUAGGUCUCUUCCAGUAAUAGAGAGAACGAAGAAGAGUGGAGGAGUUACGCAUUUGUUUCGAUGGCUCGUGAGAACUCGAACUUUGACGAGGAGGAUAAUUUACGACAAGCCCUAAACUCCUUUCAGAGCAUCACAUUUGAAGAAGAAGAUAAGUCGUCGUCAUCAACAACAGCGGCAGCUACUAAGCUCGACGAUGCUUCUGACGUGCUGGUCACCAGCUUUACAGAUGUCGUCGACAAUUUUACCCUCUGUUUCCAGAUCAUCCGCCUCCCUCAGCAGAUAUAUGCAUGGAUUGGUUGCAAUUCCUCCAAAUUUGGGCAUUUGUAUGCUGCUGCACCUACCCGCCCGAGCAACACAGUGAGUGUUGCCACGCUGAUUAAAGGCUCUUGUGACGAUCCAGUGAAGAGCAUUGCUCGGCGAUUGGUUCUAAAGACUGGUCUCCCUGUUACUGUGGCUAGCAAUAUCCCCAAGAAUAGUCCUAUGCUCGAGAUCAAUGCUGAGAAAAAGUUGGUGGAGAAGCUAAUAAGCCUGGGAUACACAAAGCGAAAAUUGGAUGGAUUGUCUUCAUAGGUGAACUGAGAUCCUUUGGAAUGAAGUUUUUCUUUGGUUCCUGGCUAUUUGAUACUGGUCUAUGAUAUCAAAGGCUUUUUUUAGUUAGUUCUUUGAAAUAUCGUUUCUGGGUUUGUAGGUGAAUGCUAAGAAAAAAAAUUGGCGGAUUAGCUGCGCAGCAACUUGGUCAAUGUAAAACUCCAUUUUACUGUGUUAUCCAUUUUUUGUAGCCCUCUUUUAUGUUUAUGAUUUUUAAGGGUGGAUUAAUUGAUAUAGUUGGGAAACUUUUAUUGUUGGGUGAACAAUUAUGUGCAUGAAUGAUAAAUAGCUUUUUUGAUUAA